ACAGUUGGUAGGGGUAUCCUAUUAUCUGUCCCUUUAUUCCCUCAGUGGAGCCGGUGCACUGAGACUGUGACCCCUGGAUAGUAUCAGCUGGGAAAAGAGGGGAACCAGAAAUUGGAAAAUUGGGGAAAUUCCAAAUAGAUCUGGAUGAUAAAGUGACCAUCCUGGCAUCUAGGACACCUGCAGUGUGCUACUGAGACAUCGCUGAGUGGGCACUUCUACCCGAGACACCCAGGAGGGCACACACCCAUCCCAGCAGCAGUCUCUGCCCUUCUCCUUGGGACCCCAAGCUGCCAACAUGGAUCUGCUCCUACUGUUAGCUUUGCUGCCAGGUUGUCUGUGUUCAUUCAGUGUUGAAGUUCCACCUGUUGUUGAAGUUGAGAUUGGGAAAAAUGCAAUAAUCCAUUGCAAACCUGCUUUUAGUGGAUCCCCCAAGUACACCUCUGAGUGGUUUGUUUUAGAUGAGAAUGAUGAUCUCCGACGCAUCACGUUCUUUGGCGACGGACGCCAAGUGACCGAUCCUGACACCGAGUACAGUGACAGAGCUAAAGUUAAAAGUGAUUUAACACUGGAGAUUAAAGGUGUCCGCCUGAGUGAUGAAAAACAAUUCCUCUGCAGAGUCAACGCCGUGAAUGAAGGGACCCAGGAAGCCAAAGCCGCACUAAAGGUUUAUGAUUCCCCAGAAACCCCUGAACUGUCUUUAAACUUAGGGAUAUUGUCAGUCACUGAAUCAUUUUCAUCUGAGAUCGGAACUUGCAUCAGUCGGAAUGCAUAUCCAGCUCCAACUAUUGAAUGGUACAAAAAUCAUCAGCUGCUAACCCCACUGACUGAAAAGAACCCGGACGUAUACAUGUCAUCCCGCACAAUAACGGAAUCUUCAGGAUUGCUUACGGUCUCCAGCACUCUAUUUUUGAGACCUACCAAAAUGGACACAGAUGCAGUUUUUUCCUGUAAAGUUGUGUAUUCUAUACCAGGAGGUGGUGUGAGACGUAUGGAGUCACAGGAAUUCAAUUUGACUUUGCACUAUUACACGGAGAAUGUAAAGUUUGAAAUAUUGUCUCCACUGCCAAUUAAAGAAGGAGAUGACCUUAUAUUUCGAUGUGCAGGAGAUGGACAUCCUCCACCUUCAUACAUAAUUUCCAAGCUGAAGGAUGACAAUGAGAUGGAGAUUUAUUCUGGUGUGGAGGGUGUACUGAAAGUCUUAAAUGUGUCUAGAGAGUAUACUGGAUCUUACCAUUGUCAGGCUAUGGACUUCGACUCACCACCUGAAGUUGUACUCACUCAAGAGCUUGAUUUGGUUGUGAAUUAUGUUGACACCCCGUCUCUGCUCCCUAAAGAGGACACAACGGUAAAUCUUGGAGCUGACCUUCAGCUGACUUGUAGAGGAGAUGGUACUGUGACACCUCAACUUCACUGGAAAAAGGAUGGUGCUAUUGUUUUUGAAGGCAGCAGAUACAAGAUACGUAACAUCUCAUACUCCCAGUCAGGGGUUUACACAUGUGAAGCAGUUUCAAGUAAUAUACCUGGAUUGACCAAAGAGAAGGACAUCACUAUCACUGUAGAAGGGAUUCCACAACUGAAACCUGGAACUGACACGUUUGAAGUGGCUGCCGAAGGGGACACGUUGAGCCUAACUUGCUCUGCUGUAGGACACCCUCUACCCGAGAUAAUGUGGAAUCCCCCAGAACUGAAGGGUGCACAGUCAGUUUCUGGCAUGAAUGUGAUGAGCAAGGUGUCUGUAAAGGUCUCCUCCAAGCUAGCUAAAGGAGUUUCCUGCGUUGCAAAAAAUGUUCAUGGAUCCAAUGAGAGAAACUUCACACUUAACAUUGGAAAUGUGAUUGAUACCAGCUCUGCUCCUUCUCAAGAACAGAGCAGCGGUGGAAGCAGUACGGCCAUCAUUGCGGUUGUUGUAUGCGUCCUCCUCCUCCUUCUCGUUGUUGCACUUUUCUAUUUCCUGCAGAAGAGAGGAAAACUCACAUGUGGAGGAUCAGAGAAGAAGUCCUUAACUCAAGAUCCUGCUUCAGCUGAGCUUGCACCAGAGUUAAAAUCGGACAAACGACCUGAACAACAUGGCCUUAUUGGUUCCCCAGGAGGAAGUCGAUCAAUAGAGUGUUAGCAAGCAGAAGUAGAGGUGGAGGACUUUCUUCUGCAUGGACAGCGAUCCUUUUUAUCCGUGGCCUGGAGCUCCGUAGCUGUCUACAUAUCUCCUGCCUGUGGAUUUCUGCUUACACUGCUACUGGCACUUGCCACAAAGUUACAAAAGAAGAAACAAUGCAAAGACUCGAUCAUUAAGAGAUUUCUCCUAAUGAUCCAAUGAUCCUAGGAGCUUCAACUUCCCAGGAUCUCUUCUCGUUUUUUUUGGUUUUUUUAACAUUGGAAGUUCACAUACUUGGAUCUGUUGCUGGGUACACGCCUGGACCCUCUAUUGCCUUAAUUGGCGGAUGACCGUCGCUGCAUCACGGACUACAGACCUACACUGAUUUUCCCAACAACUUGUGUUUUUUUUGUGUACUUUUGUGUUGUUGUUUUUUUUUUCUUGCAGUUUAUUUCUGAAUAUUUGUUUUAUUUUUUAUUUCUGAAACCGUGUGAAUGACUACCAUUAGCCCAUUGACUGAUUCUGCUCUCCAGCAUGCCUUGGGGUUGGCAGACCUUUGUGGGCUUUAUAGUGUUACACUGGUUUUGGACUGCCCUUCUGCGGCCUAUGUGUAUAUAAUGUAUAUCUCUAUGGUCAUUACACUGUCAAAUCUUGCCCAUGUCUCACUGUCUGUUCUCAUUAAAUGUCCUACAGACCAU